GAUCGUAAUCAAUACCGUAUGCUCUCGAAUUUUGAGCGUCUUCUUGGUAUUGACCGCCGCAUUUGGUUGUGUCCUUAUCUAUCAACUUCAAACAAGACCCUCCGGCUUGGUUGGUGAUGUCAAGGGUAUCGCAGGUAUUGCUGCGAUGGCGAAUAGGAGUCAUAUCUUGAUGGAUUUCAAGAAUAUGGACACAGCGUCUCCUGAAAUGAUCCAUAAUGCACUCAAGUCACAUCGAUAUUCUCUUCGAAACUCAUCAUUAGCACCGGAAGACCAUAUACCUCUUACAAAAGAAGAAAAGGACAAAUACGACUUUCAACAACGGCGCAAUCAGAAUCCACAUCCACGUAUGCUUCAACUCAUAGCGGGGAUCCCAUUCAUCAUCGGAAUGGUAUUGUUAGUGGUCUUGAUACCUAUUCUCUUGUUCAACCAAACAGCAAAUAUCGUGACGGACAAGGUCCCCUUCCUUCUCACCGGUUUAUCUGUGUGUAUCAAGCUGGCAUGGAGCACCCUCGAAACGGAUGUUCGAAUGAUCGAACCCUUCUACAUUCUCUCCAAAAGACACGCAUCGCCUAAAGUGCUGACGCUGGACUACAGCUCCUUGGCGUUCGGCUGGAUGCCCAUACGUGCGUUCCUGAACGGACACUUCUUAGUCGGAUUUGUAGGGCUCGGCUCUGUCCUUGCAGAGGUCCUCACUGUCUGUGCGACGAGUUUCGGCACCGUAUCUGGAAUGGAUUUCGUAUCCCGUCCUCCUGAUCGUGGCCAUUCUGGCCAAGGUACCCCAAAGAACAGUUCAUCAUAUGCCGGGCCAGAUGGAGACUCUGGCAUCGAUGCUGGCGAAGAGACAUAUUUUUCCUUUUGGGUAUCGUUCAUUCUCGCCCUUGCGAUCCUUAUUUUCCUCUGCCUGGUUGCAACAUAUGUGUACGUUAGACGUCGGCAUCCCUUCCUACCUCGACAGCCCAAUACCAUUGCGUCAAUCUUGGGCUUUAUCCACCAGUCGAAGAUGCUAUAUGACUUUGUAGGUACAGAGAAGUUGAAUAAUGAUGAUAUGGUGGAGAGGCUCGUUGGGAUUGGAAAAACUUACGGGUUAGGGUGGUUUACGGGAAGAGAUGGGGAAAUGCAUUGUGGUGUUGAUGAGGAAGAGUUGGCGAGUAAUUAUAAACAUGGUGAUGAUGCGAGAAAGGCUACUAUGCCGUGGACUACUAAUUGGUCAGAUUAUUGAUUUUUGCUUGUGUUUGACGGCAGUUGCACCUAGUAUACCUAGGCGUUAAGGGUCUCUUUCUAUUCUAUACUAAUAGAUAGCUACCUAUAGGCAGUGUUGUAGUUUAAAGGGGGGAGGGGGGGUAAUUUUGUACCUAAUGUAAAUGCUGUGCCUUAGGUAAGAUGUAUAUAAAUAGC